UGGUGCGGGGCGGCGCUGCCGCGGCGGGCUGCCUGGGGCGGGGUGGCCGCCCUGUGCCGGGGCUCCCGGUUUGCAGGCCGAAAUCAUCGGUUAGCUUCCUUACUCGACCAGAUCGACCAAAUCUAGCUUACCAUAGACUAAAAGGCAGGAAUCCAGGGAUUAUUUUCCUUCCAGGCCUUAAUUCAAAUAUGAACGGUCAGAAAGCAAUUGCCCUUGAGGAUUUCUGCAACUCUCUAGGUCAUGCCUUCAUCAGAUUUGACUAUACAGGAUGUGGAAGUUCAAAUGGUAAUAUCGAGGAGUGCACGAUAGGGAAAUGGAGAAAGGAUGUUCUAUCUAUAUUGGAUGAACUUACAGAUGGACCACAGAUUCUGGUGGGCUCCAGUUUAGGGGGAUGGCUGAUGCUUCAUGCUGCAGUGGCGCGCCCAGAUAAAGUAGCUGCUCUAGUUGGAGUAGCUGUAGCAGCAGAUCAUCUUGUAACAACUUUUAACAGGCUUCCCAUUGAGGCACAAAAAGAAAUAGAAGAAAAAGGCGAAUGGAAGUUGCCAACAAAGCAUAGCGAGGAAGGCUAUUACUCUCUGACAUAUGACUUCAUUAGAGAAGCAGAAAACCACUGUGUGUUGAAUAGUCCUAUUCCUGUAACGUGUCCCAUAAGACUUAUUCAUGGCAUGAAGGAUGAUGACGUCCCUUGGCAGAUCUCUAUGCAAGUUGCAGAUCGUGUUCUGAGCAAAGAUGUGGAUGUUAUCCUCCGCAAAGCUGGCCAGCAUCGUAUGAGUGACAAGGAAGAUACAAAGCUUCUUGUGAAUACUGUUGAUGAUUUAAUUGACAAGCUGACAACACUAGCAUAAGCUGUAUGGUAGCAUAGAUGCUUGAAGUCUGCACCUGACUGCCUUUCGUGAGUAGUGGAAACCCUGUUCUUAGAAAGGUGAUGCCAGGGUUGUGACUAUCACAGUAAGAACCAGAGCUUUAACUGCUGUUCCUUAGCUCUGUUUUGUAAAUACACGUGUUUUUAUUAAUGCUGCAUUUGCACAGAUAGUUAUAAUGUGAAGAGAGUGCUGCUGUUUGCUUUAAAAUCUCUCCUUCACCACUUACACCUUUUUUUUUUUUUUUUCACAAGCUUCCUACACUGUUUUGUAAUGAAAUGCUUACCUUUCUUAUUUCGUGCCAGUGGUUCAUUUUGUUACUACUUGGCCUGUACAAUACAACUUAAUUUUGUCAUUUCUUUGACACCUUUACUGUAUUGGACUUUAUGCUCUAACAUUAUUGUUUUAUUUCUGAAACCUUUCUGUGCAAGUCAAAUUACAAUCUAAGUGUUCAGCGAAGUUACUGUCAUUAGAAAUAGAGUAAAUAAACAUGAAGCAUAAUAAAUAGAUUUCAAAUAAAA